AUGGGCUUUGCUACAAUUAUCGAAAUGUGGGUGUUCAUUUGUGUGCCAUUAUGGGGUGAAUGGGCCAAAACAGUUGCGUGGACUUUGUGGAUCAUCGACGUGGUAGCCGCAACUUCUGUGACUCUGUCCCUAUCCUUCAUCUUAAUAUCUCAACGCUAUAUUACCGCACUAGAUCGGAUUACUGCGGUUCAACUAUUACCAAUCGCAGCAACUAUCGUGGCAGCUGGUACUGGCGCAGAGGUUGCUAUCAUUCUACCAAAUAAACAACAUGCGAUGGGUACACUUCUCGCCUCGUUCAUUCUCUGGGGUAUGGGCACCCCAUUAGCAAUUGCGGUAUUGGUAAUAUAUUACCAGCGACUAGCAGUGCACAAGCUUCCAUCGAGGGAACUGGUUGUGAGCUGCUUUUUACCCCUGGGUCCUCUUGGAUUUGGUGGGUUCGGUAUCCUAUAUAUUGGCAAAGUCGCACGGGUGUUGCUGCAGGAUUCCCGAUUCCUGGACCCUAUCGCAGGCCAGAUGGCAUAUGUCUUGGGGGUCCUCAUAUCCCUCCUCAUGUGGAGCUUUGGCUUAAUUUGGCUCGUGUUUGCCCUAGCCACCGUUCUAUAUAGCUCUCCAUUUCCUUUCAAUAUGGGCUGGUGGGGAUUUACUUUUCCGCUUGGGGUGUAUGCCGCAAAUACAAUGGAAUUGGGGCUUGAAAUGGACAUUAUGUUCUUCAAAGUUCUCGACCUUAAGUGGUGCGGUUUUGCUAUUGUGGAUGAUACGGGAGAGUAUGAGUUUCCCUUUUUGCAAGAGGUCUUUACUCCCGUUGAAUCGCAUAAAGUCGAUUUUGUCUUCGUUCAUGGCCUGAACCCAAGCGGUCGAAACGAUCAUCCUUUCCAGACAUGGACGCAUAGCAAUGGCAAUUUUUGGCCGAGAGACUUCCUGGCCGAAGAUAUUCCAUAUGCACGGAUCUUUGUCUACGGAUACAAUUCAAAUAUCACUCAACCACAAACCAUGUCCACAGCAAGUAUCAAAGACCACGCGAAUACUCUGUUGAAUUUAUUGGACAUGGAACGCGGACCCCAAAUGGCACUUCUCAAUGCCAAAGAAGAUCCAAAAUAUACUUCUAUUCGUUCUGCAACUUCUGGUCUUGUCUUUUUUGGGACACCUCACCGUGGCGCGAAGGCUGUGGAGCUGGGUAAAAUCGCAGCCGGGGUUGCCCGCUUUGUCUCCAAAGGCCAUGCCAACAAUGACCUUCUCGACUGCCUGGAAAAGAAUUCACUUUUCACGCGGCAAAUGUCAGAGCGGUUUCGACAUCAACUGGAAGAUUAUCGUGUUGUUAGCUUCAUAGAAGGGAAGGCGGUGCAGAUGGCGCGGGGAGCGAUCAGCCAUCUGGUUGUUGAUGAAGAGUCUGCGGUUCUUGGAUUGUCCGGUUUACGCGAAACCCAACUUAAACUUGACGCAGAUCAUUCGCAGAUGUGCAAGGUGGGCACUCGGGGUGCUAUGUAUCGUUUGAUCAAAGGAAACAUCAAGCAGUUGGUUGAUCAUGCACUUUUGGCAGACCAAGGCUUUAUUCCACAAUCGAUGCCUCCGAGUGCCGCGUCCUCUCCACCACCAGUGCCACCACGUAUUCAUUCAAAUAGUAGCACGCCAUACCAAGCUCGCCCAUCUCCUUCAGCACAAAGGGUGACAGGAGUGAUGUUUAACCCUCUGGAUAAUGAUCCACGAUCGGUUCGCUCUGCAGAAUUCAAGAAUCGUGGACUAUGGGACGAAGCCCGAACCGUCGAAUAUGAGAUUUUCCAGGAGCAUUUGCGUACGCUUGGUCCGGACCAUUUCAGUACACUAUCGGUGGCAUACAACCUAGCAGAAGUGGAACUGGAGACCAACUAUUUGGAGAAAUCAAAUGAGUGGUGUCGUUGGGUAUCAGAGAACGCCCAACGCGUCUUUGGGACAAAGCAUCCUCUGACAAUGAAGACGGAAAGUUUGGCCGCAGAGGUUCUGUGUCAACAGGGCAAGUAUCAAGAGGCCGAGUCGGUCUGCGCCAACGUGUUAGCCCGCCAGCAAAUGACUAUCGGCGAAGACCACUUGGAUAUUUGUGAAACUAGACGCCGACUAGGAAUGACCUACAAUGCGCUAGGUCGCCGGGAAAAUGCUGUCAUGACUGCAGAGAAGCUGACUGACAGCCUGAAACGUCUGCUCGGAGAAACCCACAUUCGUGUAUUCAACUCUGUGCUGGAUGGAUUAGAAUAUAUUGUUAGCAAUCAAUCUGGGAACGCCACUACCCUAAUUGUGAUGCGUUUUCAGCCCGACGUACAGCAAGCCUUAGAGGUGCUGGUACAAGUCUACCAAGAGCUUCGGGCCGCCUUGGGACAUGGCCACCCGCUUACCAUUCGAGCUCUCUCUCUCCACGGCCGAGCGCAAAGCUUUAUGCAGCAGAGCAUGGAAGCCUCGGAGACCCUGCGUCGGGCUCUGGCCAGUGCAGAGGAAUCCUUGGGGCACGAUCAUCCGUUGACGAUGGAUAUCGUGGGCAACAUUGGCGUCAUGUAUGCUUUGCAAAAUGGCUAUGUUUCGGGUUUACUCGCCAACAAUCGUGCCGCGGAAGCCUUUCCCUGGCUGAUACGAUAUCUAAACUGGGUCGAACAUCGCAAAGGCAAAGACAAUCCAGAAACGCAAGCCACAUUGGAGCUGCUGGCGAAUUUACACUUCAACGCUAACGAGUACGAACCGGCACAGAAGUACUAUGAGCGUCUGGUAGCGAACAUGCGUGGGACCGACUCAGCAGCGAACGAGCGUAUUAAUGCUCAGCUUCAACUGUGUCGGGCAAACACCAUGUACACACGUCGCGGCCUAGGGGCAGGGUUAGGGGACUUUUUGUCCAACUUGCAGCGAUAUUGA